AUGAAUUNAAAGGGACUGUCCCUAGGUUUGGCGCCUUCUGUUCAAAGACAAACUACUACUGUACCUGUUAUAUCUAAUUUUGCACCAACGAGAGCUACUACACCGCCUAUUUUACGACGAGGCCCCAAAUCUAGAAAGCGGAGGGACAGCCAUAAUGAUUCAUCAGAAUAUGUGUUGUCAGAUGUAACAGCUAAUACUAGUUCUAGUAGAAGCGAAGAUAUCGAUGCAGUUCAAUUAAUAAUAGACGAAUCAAGACAAUUGAUUGAAAGCCCCGCAAAGAAUGGUGCUACACCCAUAAAACAGCUGCCAUUUAGCCCAUCGCAAUUUCUUAAUAGUCCUCAUCUACCAUUUGAUGUAACACUAGCGUCUACGCCUGUUAAAAAUAACCAUGCUCACAAGAACGCGUUGGAGAAAGAUAGAGAGUAUAGCCCUCUUACUACGCCUAAUGGUCUUCCAAAUAUACUUACAAAAAAUUCGGACAAACUUGAUGCAGUUACUCCAAACAGAAUUGCAAGAAGCCUUGUAAUGGACGAAACGCCCAGAACUCCUACACCAUUCAAAAAAGCUUUAGCAGAUCUCGAAAAGAAAUCAGGUCCUUUGAAAGCUAUACCAGACACUCCAACUCGUCUUGAAGAUAUUACUGAGAUUGUAAAGAAAGAACAAGAUGGGCUGCACUGUUCUGAUGCAUCCGACAGUGGCAUUAUGAUAACGGUUAGUAUUUUUGAUUCUAGAAUAAUAAUUAUGUAA